AUGCAGCCUCUGGGGCAGGGCGUAUCUGAAGAGUCCGCUCCGCAACGAGGUGAUGGGGCGUAUGAGCCCCACUCACUCACACCAGGGUUGCAUCUCGCUCCUAUCCCCUCCUUGCUUCUCCCCCUCCUCAAUACCCACCUUUCUCUCCCUUCCGCUGUGCAGCCUCUGGGGCAAGGCGUAUCUGAAGAGUCCACUCCCCAACGAGGUGAUGGGGCGUAUGGGCGAGCACACCAAGCGCACUGGUGGAGGGCCCAAGCAACGCGCUUCAUGCUGCGGUGGCCGUCGGCCUACCUGUGCCACAUCAUCAACCGCAUCCCCUCCUUCUUUCCCUUCCCUCGCCCUGCUCGUUCUGUUUCCGCUCCCCGUUCAACCGAAGGCGCACUGGUGGAGGGCGCAGGCGACGCGCUUCAUGCUGCGGUGGCCGUCGGCCUGCCUGUCUCUCUGCCCAACCUCUCUCACUUCUCUCUCCCUUCCCCCUCCUGCCUCCCUCCUCCCUCCUCCUCCCACCAGGCGCACUGGUGGCGAGCCCAAGCAACGCGCUUCAUGCUGCGGUGGCCGUCGGCCUACCUGUGCCACAUCAUCAACCGCGAGCGCCACCACGUGUACGGCAUGCACGUGGCACGCCAGGUCGUGGCGUCCCGCAUGGACCAAACAAGCCUGCUGGCAGAGUCCUGGGGAAGCAGCAAGGUCACUAAAGAGCGACAGGAGCUUGGGGGAAGUGACGAAGCGUCUGAGGAGAUGGGAGGAGCUUGGGUUGAAGGGAGGGACGGCACCACUUCUUAUGAAGAGCGGCAUGGUCUCAAGAGCAGAGAUAAGUCCCCUGCGUUGCCUCAAAAAUCUUCGGAACAUUUUGACGGAUCGGGAACGAAGGAAGAAGGAGGUUGGAAGGAGGAGGAGGAGGAGGAGGAGGAGGAGGAGGAGGAGGAGGAGGAGGAGGAGGAGGAGGAGGAGGAGGAGGAGGAGGAGGAGGAGGAGGAGGAUGAGGGAGAGUGGGGUUGA